UGAAACUGUCUCUAACGACGUUCCUCAUUAUCCUACAUGUUUAUCAACAUGGUAAACUCCACCCACGAAACAACUUUGCUUUUUGGCCUUGCGUGUCCCAGCCAAGUUCCCAAAUUGAACAAACCAGAAAAUCAACUUUUUGCUAAGAAUAAUAAAUAACUCAUAACCGAGAAGGAGACGCAGUGGAUGGAAGGGAGAGAAAGGUAUGCCAAAUUAAGCUACUUGUUGCCACGAAGGAGGAAAAGUUGUUUUCCGAUUUGUCGAAAUCAGUGCCACUAACCUAGUGCAACUCGGAGCGUCGUAUCCUUUUGUUUCAAAAAUUCUAGGCACUACACCAUAGAAUUCAAAAUUCAAAUUAGAUCAACUGCGAAAUGAAUUCAAGUUUGAAGAAUGAGGAGUGGGAGAUGGACCGCAAUGGACUAAAAAAACUUUUGGCCAGAUCCCUCAAAGAUCCCAUUCUGGGCAAGCAUUUUUCUCUGCCCGGCCGCACAGGACAGUGUCAACCCAUCGAAGUGGACACCAGCCAAAGCUACAUAGCUGUGUACACUCAUCUCAAGGUCCACGCCACCCGAAUGCCGGAGAGAUUGCCCACGCCCGAGGCUAUUGGACGUGUUCAGGCGGAGAGCGUAGAGGUUAAAUAUAGGACUCGAACUUCCAAGACCCGUGGCGACCCCUGUUCAACUAUAACUUGAUUUAUAAAUUGUGAGGUCGUUUUAAAACAUUUUACCGCUCCCUAAUGUAAGUUAUCGAAAACUAAAAAUCUCUAGAGCCGAUUUGCAAAUGUCAUGUUACGGAUUUAGUUUCUUAUCUGUCUCAUAUAGUUAUAAAUGGAGGACU